AUGGGAGGCGACGUAGUCGUGGGUGGACAUUGGUUAGUCGAAGAAAAAAUCGGAGAGGGGUCCUUCGGUGAGGUCUUUCGAGCCGUGCACACGAAAACCAAUGAACGAUAUGCGAUAAAGCGAGAAUUAAUUGAAGUUCCUCAUCCUCAACUGCCACAUGAGGCUGAAGUACUCAAGCUACUUAAAGGAGCGAGUUCCAUACCAACUGUACAUUGGUUUGGAACAGAAGGCAUAUAUCAUGCUAUGAUUAUUGAUUUAUUUGGGCCCAACCUGAGAUUGUUACGAAAAGCAUAUGCAAAACUUCCUGUACAUUUCGUUAGUGACGUGGCUCAGCAAAUGGUAACGAUAUUAGAAUACAUACAUGAACAAGGUGUCGUGUACAGGGACGUUAAGCCCGAUAACUUUCUUCUAGAAAAAAACUUCCCAUUACAAAUAAGUCGUCUUGCUGCAUUUGAUUCUGAUGAUGAAGCAUCUGAGGCAAAACUUAAGGAUCUAAAGCUUUUGGUCAGCAGAAAACAUCAUAUUAGUAUUGUGGAUUUUGGGUUAUCCGCAUUCUAUAUAGAUGAAUCCGGAAAGCAUAUCCCCAAAAAUCAACAUUUGGCAAAGAAUAAAACUGGAACGGCUCGUUACGCUUCCCUAAAUGUUCACAAGGGACUUCAGCAUUCUCGUCGUGACGAUAUGGAGUCUCUAGGUUAUGUUUUGCUAGAAUUAUUACGAGGGGAUCUUCCUUGGGCUGGAGUUACCGCACGUAAUUCACGUCAAGGGUGGGCAAAGAUGUUAAAGAUAAAAGAGGAAAUCCCGUUAGAUGAAUUAUAUGAUGGUCUUCCAAGAGGGUUUAUGCUAUAUCUUCAAUAUACGAGAAAUUUACAGUACGAUGAAGAACCGGAUUAUAAUCGUUUACGAAAAUUGCUAGCUGAUACGGUCGGAAGUGGGAUGGAGGCCGAAAAAGUGACUAGAGAACCUCUAUUUUUUGAUGAUGUUUGUGAACGUCCUAUUUCUCCACGUCAACGGAACAUAAGGUCACAAUCUCCGCUGACAAUAAAAUCACCGCGUGGUGGAAAUGAUUAUGAAGAAGAUGCGGCUUAUGCUUCCCCUCCACCAUCACCUUUUUAUAAAAGGAAGAACUUUUCAUGGCGAACUAAAAACAAGGAAGAUAUUAAUUGUUUUGGUACACCAGAACGUUCAAAUUCUUUAACCAUAUCUCCUAGCACAAAUACGAUCCCAUAUCAAAAAUUCAAUACUAUAUCUUCACGUUCUUUCUCGUUACCUUACCGUGAUCCUGGUUAUGCGGAUAACGGUUAUCAUCCCAAUGGUCGGGAUGAACGACGUGCAAAACGUCCUGAAAAUAUCAGAAAGCCUCCUUAUGUUAGAAGAUCUUCCACAAAAACCUCUUGGAACAUUGUUAAAGAUUCAAAUACGCAAUGGGAGCAAGAUGUUCAGCAGAAAUGUGAGAAUGCUUGGAAAAAUGGACAAUCUUGGAAUGAUAAUAAUUUCGAUAGCCAAGAAAUGAAUUCUGUUCCUUCAACUCCAAUUAAUGAGUAUGGUUUUUGGAUUGAUAAUGCUGAUCAAGAAUUUCAAGGCUUUGAUGGUGGAUUAGUUGGAGAUUCUGAUGGAUGGAUAAAUCACGUUAAUGAUGAGAAUAUUUAUAUGACAGAAAAAUCGUCUAAAAAUAGGAAUCAGGUUACUCGCAAUGGUACUGAUGGAAACCAAGAUUAUUUCGAUUUGGAACGAGCUCGCACCAAUUCCAUGAAGGGAAAUCGUGAUUUACGAGAUAUACAAAGUAGAAGGCCUUCAAUCCCUUCUCCUUUAUCAAUUGCCAUUCCACCGAAUACAUCAAAUAACAUACAAACCAGAGGUGUUGCGUCUCCAAAUAAAAAAUUCGAUAUGUCACAAUAUGAUGACGAAAUGGAUGAGAAUAUUCCUCUAGGUCCUAGGCGAAGUAUUCCUAACAUUCGUACAAAUGCUUUGGCCUCAAAGUUCUUCAAACGAAGUGUUCCAAAUCUUCGAGAUGCCGCUGGUAAUGGUCACACCGUUCCUCCACCAUCAUCUACUAUUAAAAGAACAAUUGCUCAUAUGCAAGAUGCACAAUCAGCAACAACUUUAGGAAUGAAAAAAUCUACUCCUGUCAACAGUAAUAAUUCCCGUUAUAUUGCGAAAGAAUCUCCAAUUAGUACGAGCCACUCUUUACGAGAUGAUAAAGAUAUUAAUGGAAUUAAUAUCAAUACGAACCAUUCACAUUCUCAGAAUUCUAGAUAUUCACCGCAAGACGCUCGAUAUUCUCCUCAGGAUACGAGAUUUUCCUUGGGCCGAGAUGGAAUUAGAAACCGUGAACGUGCUAAUACUUUUAGUUAUAAUAAUAUGACUAAAGAUUCUCGUUUAUUACCUGCUCCUCAUACAAUUUCUCCACGCCAAAACAAUAAAUCAUUUAAUAGAGAACGUUCUUACACAUUCACCAGUGGAAAUUCUCCAAUGAGUCCUAAUACAUCUUAUCCAUUUGAUGAUCCUUCUUCUUCAUCACAGUAUUAUACUAAUGGUAGAAGGGAAAGAUCUUACACUUUCACUGACGGCGGAAGGCAUAAAGAUAGUAAUUUCAAUACUGGAAGGAACGUAUAUGAUCGGCAUCGUCCUCCUUCACUUGGUCGUAAUUUUGGAAACGGUCCACAAAAUUUCGGUUCUGGAAGAAAUGGAACAGUAACUAACGCUUCAAGAUCACAAUUUAAUAACCAUUCGCCGGCUGAACAAAAGGAUAGCUUGAGUCCUGGUAAAAUUCAAGGAGAGAGUUUUCCUCCACGUGCCAAAUCUGCAUCUCCUUCAUAUUUUCAUAGAAGAACCAAUUCCAAUGAAUCAGAGUCCGUAGAUUCUAAAAAGACAGGCCAAUCUUUAAAUAAUACGGCAAAUUCGUCUUCGACUGAAAGUUCUACUGCUCCUUCACCAAUAUCUCCAUCCCCAGAUGAAUCUCCUUGUACUGAUGAUAAACAUAGAUCAAUUGUCUCGUCUCCUACUUCAAAUCAUGUGACUUUUGCCAAGAAUUUGAAAGAAUCGGCACCUCAAAAAAGACCUAUGCAUAUGCCUCGUAGACAAAGCUUUACAGCAUUAACUGGUGAAGGAAAAUCACACAGGACUCGAAGUUUAACUUUCGAUAAUAAGCCAAAUUCAAACUUUCAGGGACAUAGCAUACUGGAUGAAAAAAAGAAAAAGUAUGGCAAGUCAGAGAUUUAUGUUUGA